AUGGCUUCCCCAAACCCCCGCCACUCCAAUUUCGAGACGCGAAACUCACCUGGCCCUUACGAUCCCCUCCUGCCCCCUUUCACCUCCCACCUCCCACCCUAUGUGCCCCACCUGCCCUCAUGCACCCUCACCUGCCCCCAUGCGCCCUCACCUGCCCCCAUGCGCCCUCACCUGCCCCCAUGCGCCCUCACCUGCCCCCAUGCGCCCUCACCUGCCCCCAUGCGCCCCUCACCUGCCCCCAUGCGCCCCUCACCUGCCCCCAUGCGCCCUCACCUGCCCCCAUGCGCCCUCACCUGCCCCCAUGCGCCCCUCACCUGUCCCCAUGCGCCCUCACCUGCCCCCAUGCUCCCUCACCUGCCCCCAUGCGCCCUCACCUGCCCCCAUGCGCCCUCGCCUGCCCCCAUGCGCCCCUCACCUGCCCCCAUGCGCCCCUCACCUGCCCCCAUGCGCCCUCACCUGCCCCCAUGCGCCCUCACCUGCCCCCAUGCGCCCCUCACCUGCCCCCAUGCGCCCUCACCUGCCCCCAUGCGCCCUCACCUGCCCCCAUGCGCCCUCACCUGCCCCCAUGCGCCCUAA